AACUAAUCCACAGCGACCACGACCCAUGAGCUGAGCCUCUUUGCUGACUUCCACUUCAAUUGCCAGCUCACCCUCUCCAUAUCCACUGCACGCUCCUCAAGAAGUAGUCGUGUCUGUCAGGAUUCUACAACUUGUCCUGUUGUGUCCUGUCCCGCACAUUCACAGCCUAGAUCGGAUUGUAGCAAUCGCAUCCUCAGCCCACCAAAUCGGAUUUCACCCUGAGCUGACACUGACACUGACAGCAACACUUGCUAACAACACCAUUGCAAGACAGCCUAGGCUACAACAGACCAGAACAUUCAAACCAGAACAUUCACACGAGAUCCAAAAAGAGUUAGCCAUUUGCUGCCAGCCAGCCAUAGCAGUUGAUCUAGUUGGACAGCCACCACCAUCACCAACCUGAAACAUCCUAGACUCCCUUCUAGUCCGACGCCAACUGUUGUGUUUACGACCUCUCCCAAGAUUAGAAUUCUCGACUGAUACAAAGUACGAGAGUGGCUUGGUUGGUCUGCGAAUGCCAUAGCGCUUGUUUAUACUCUGCCAUAGCUGGGGUUGACGGUGCAAUGGCUGGACUGGAGCAGUUGGAGAUCCACAGCAAGGUAUGUUGUUCUAGAAAGGGAUACAGUGGAACCAGAUCACCAUCUAAUGGAUCUAGUCCUACAUCGUUCGCUGGGUGAAAGUAGAAGAAGCGCAUACCAUUUCAUGGAGUGUUCAACCGCACAAAAAGUCAAUGUAUGCUUCAGAUUGAAAUCCAGUUACGCCUACGUCAUUAACAUUUCUGUAGAAAUUUUGGAAUCUUUAAACAUCCUCGAACUGGCAGUGUAGCUACACCUGGAGGAGGAACUCAAUUUCCAGCCUUGGACGAUGCUUCUGCAAGUCUUCAGCAACACGAGGUGGGGGAUAGAAGUAGGCGAACGACGGACAACAAAAACGAAAACGAUUCUACAGCGAGAGAGCAAUUGAGUGCCAAAGGUUUCAUACAAAUUCAGUGGUUUGGAAAAUGUGAGGCCGACAAAGUUUCUAUGGGGACCUAUACGGUUCCCGCAGGAUUAGGGGGAAUGUACGGACUGAUUUUCGACAACACCUUUUCCAAGGCUGUAUCCAAAACUGCAACCUUCGUUCUGCUCACAUAUCCCGCCAAUGCCCCUCCACAUGCAACACAUCACAUGCAAAGCCUUGCGGCAGCUAAACAUAGCCCCAAAUUGACUGCAGCGGCUUCCGAAUCAGUCGACAGUUUACAAAGUCACCUGGCCCUUGGAAAUAGUACAAGCAGAGGAACUUCAGUUGCGGGUCGGAAUGACGACAGUCAGAUGCCAACAUAUCACACUGGAAUUCUGCAGAAGCGGCGAAGAAAGAGAGGCCAGGGUUAUGCCAGCAGGUUCUUCUCUUUGGAUUUCGCUUCUUGCACGUUGUCGUAUUACUACAGCCGAAAUUCCUCAGCGCUGAGAGGAGCGAUACCUCUUAGUCUUGCGGCAAUCGCGGCUGACGAGAGACGCCGUGAAAUAAGCAUCGAUUCUGGCGCUGAGGUAUGGCAUCUGAGAGCCGGGAAUGCAAAGGACUUUGGUGAUUGGACUAGCGCUCUUGAAAGAGCCAGCAACGCUGCUCGAGGAGGUACUGAGACUAGAGAUUCAUCUGAUCCUUCUCCUCCUGCUGAACUACUUCGAGUCAGGACAACCGGACUGCAGAAUCACCCCAACAGUGUCGAAGAAGAACGAGAAUGGGCGCAGGUUGAAGCGUUAGUCAGUAGAAUUGUUGGGACUCGCGAUGCUGUACGAAGAUUGUCGAAGAAUACUGCUGCUAUUCCUACUUCACGAAGGGCCUCAAUUUUGAAUGGGAUCACGGGCGGUACAAGCCCGAGUACUAAUCCAGAGGAAGCCGGCGACUACUUUUCAGGCGUUGCUGCACCUGUCCCCGAGAAGAGGCCUUUUUGGAAACGCAAGUCUAGCGCACCUGCCACACCACAAAUGCUUCAACGUGGUUUGGGUUCUCAGCUUGCAGUUCCCACCCCCGCAACUGUAACGAAUGUUAAUGCCAAUGGAUCUGUAACACCAUCAGCGCGCAAACGCCAUUCCCAUGAGGAGGCCAGCAUACAUGAUCAUUGUGCUGCACUGCAACGCGAUCUCGACAAUGUCCUGCAAGACUUCAAUACACUGAUUACGAGCAGCAAGAGACGCCGACAAAAUGCACCUCGGUCUGCAGUUAGAGUCAGCAUGGACUCGACAUCUACUGAGGAGUUUUUUGACGCCGAACCUGGUGAUUUGGAUCAUUCCCAGGUCGUGAUGAUUGAUCGUAGAAGUGAUGAAGACACGCAACCAUCCGAAGUAGAGGACGAGUUUCAAACUGAUGCAUCGUCCAUGUCUUCAGCAGGUGACGAUUCCAAAACUGCUCACUUGACAGGUGCCGCUGCCUUGUUUCCUACCAAACCAAAGUCUCUAGAUCCGCUUCCAGUGCCUGUACUUGUCAAACGUCGAAAGGUGAUUCCAGCAGCAACUCAGCUGCCUCCCAGUCUCAUCGGAUUCCUUCGCAAAAACGUGGGAAAAGACUUUAGCACGAUCAGUAUGCCUGUCACUGCCAAUGAGCCGGUUUCGAUACUUCAACGUGUAGCAGAGCAAUUAGAAUAUGCACAGAUUCUAGAUACAGCUUCAUCUCACAAAAACCCCGCACUUCGUCUUCUACAUAUAGCAGCGUUUGCUAUAGCACAAUUCAGCUCAAGCCGUGCUAAAGAGCGAGCUAUGCGAAAGCCCUUCAAUCCUCUCUUGGGCGAAACCUUUGAGUUGAUUAGGACUGAGAAGGAAGUUCCCGGUGGAUUUCGCUUCAUCGUAGAGAAGGUCUGCCAUCGUCCAGUCCGAAUGGCAUGCCAAGCCGAUUCUGCAAACUGGUCUUUCAGCCAGAGUCCCGCCCCGGUACAGAACUUCUGGGGGAAGAGUGCUGAGCUCAUCACUGAAGGUCGUGUUAGAAUUGCUCUCCGAUUACCAGAUGGUACUGAGGAACUCUACAGCUGGGUAACGGCCCCUCAAUUCCUGCGAAAUGUUGUGAUGGGCGAGAAGUACGUGGAGCCUGUUGGUACUAUGGUCGUCAUCAAUGAAUCUACAGGCGCCAAAGCGAAUGUUGAGUUCAAACAGAAGGGUAUGUUCGGUGGAAGGAGCGAGGAUGUACAGGUCGAUAGCUUCGGUCCUGAUGGGGCACCGACCGGUCUUGGACUCAUAGGCAACUGGACGACGAAUCUCAAAAUGCUUGAGAAUGGCAAAACAGGUGGCGAGGUUUGGCGCGUGGGAGAGUUGGUCGAUAACGCAACACAGCGGUAUGGACUUACCACUUUCGCAGCUAGUCUCAAUGAGAUCACGGAGCUGGAAGAGGGGAAAUUGCCGCCUACUGAUGGUAGAUUGAGACCCGAUCAGAGAGCACUAGAGAAGGGCGAUCUGGAUACGGCGGAGGAGUUGAAAGCUAAGCUGGAGGAGAAUCAGAGGGUGAGACGGAAGGAGAUGGAGGGGAGGGGAGAGGCGCAUGUUCCUAGGUGGUUUGUGAAGGUAGAGGGCGGGGAUGAAGGCGAGGAGGUGUGGAAGUUGAAGGGAGGAAAGGAUGGGUAUUGGGAGGAACGGGCCAAGGGGAGCUGGACGGGGGUGGAGAAUAUACUUGCUGUUUGAUGUUCUUGAGUGAUGUUUUUUUUCCGAAGGGGAUUGUGAAGGAGCGAGCGAGCGAUCAUACCAGGCUUGUUGAUGGGAGACGAUUGCCUUGUACGGUUUCUUUGACUUUUUUCUCUAGUUUGUGCGAGGCCGGGGGGGAAUGGCGUUUUUUAU